AGUAUGAACCAUGAGUGACCAAGUGGUCCAGCUCUCCUCAGCCUUUCACCAUGAGGACAUGCUUCAGUCUCUGCACCAGCUCAGACUGCAUGGCCACCUGUGUGAUGUCACAGUCCAGGUGGACUUCCAGGGUGAGCUGGAAGAGUUUGAGGCUCACCAGGCGGUCCUAGCUGCCUCCAGCGGCUACUUCAAGAACAUCCUACUGGCCCCGGACCCACCCAAGAAACUAUUCUUGGGGAACGUUCGAACCACUGAUUUCACCAGGUUCUUGGAAUAUGUAUACACUGGCAAACUGGAGGUGGAUAAAGAGUUUGCUAAAGACAAGAUUGGUGUAAUACAUGAAGUGGCGACACUGUUGGAGUGUAAGAGCCUUGUCCAGGCUUGCAGCUCGGUUCUCGAUGAAGGCAGCUUGAGUCUGCACAGGGUUGAAGCGUCCAUGUCACAGGACAUGGAAGCUGAUUUGGAUGAUGUGGGAGAGGAGGAUGUGGCGCUGGGGGUCGGAGUCAACAAAGUUCCCAAAAUAGCCUCCACCAAGAGGCUGAUUCCUCCAACAAAACCGGAGAGAGGGGAGAAAAGGGCAAAGGUCGCGGUCACAGCCGAGGAGGAGAGGUCAGAGGUGAAUAAAGACACUGAGGUCUCUGGGAGGAGGAGUAACAGGCUGGCAGGGCGCAGAGUCUUCAUUGACAUUCCUAAGAAGAAGUACGUGAGGAAGAUGAAGGACCAGACCAAGGCGCAGAUGGAAGAUCUGCCUGACAACAACACUCAGACAACCAAUCAGGGGGAGAACACUGACGACACACAGGAGGCAGAAGAGGCCCUUCCAGAGCCGCUGCCUGAAAAAGAGGGGGCGGGACUGGAGUCAACAGACGUUGAUGAUGAAGAUGAGGUGGAAGAGGGAGAUAUACCGGGGGAUUGUCCAGAUGACUCCCUCUUCUUGCCCAGCAAGGAAGAGGAGGGUGAGGAGGAGGGAGAGGAGCGUGCCACCAACAGAUCAUCCAGACGUAUUGACACUCAAUACAAGUGUGACAAAUGUCAACGGACCUUCCACUAUGAGAAGAGCUACCUGAAGCACAUCAAGACGAGCCACAGUGUGCAGGGGGAGGUGACGUACCGUUGUGACACCUGCCAGCAGACCUUCGCCAACCGCUGCAACCUGAAGAUCCACCAGAGACACGUCCACAGUGACGAAAGACUGUUCCCCUGUGACGUCUGCACCAAGACCUUCAAGCGCAAGAAGGACGUGACGCGCCACCGGCGACAGGUGCACGAGGGAGGCGGUGAGCGGCACACCUGUCUUGUGUGUAACAAGGCUUUGAGCUCUAAGACAGCGUUGACGCUACACGAGAGAACACACACAGGAGACAAGCCCUACUCCUGCACUGACUGUGAAGCCAAGUUCUCCCAGAGCUCAGCCCUCAAGACCCACCGCAGGACUCACACAGGAGAGAAGCCUUUCGCCUGUGACCAGUGUGAUGCGAGGUUCACCCAGAACCACAUGUUGUCCUAUCACAAAAGGGCCCACACAGGAGAGAAGCCUUUUAUGUGUGAGAGCUGUGGGAAAAGCUUUGCCUCUAAAGAAUACCUGAAACACCACUCUAGAAUCCACACAGGCUCCAGGCCUUACAAGUGUGAACAAUGUGGUCGGGCCUUCGCCCAGAGAAACUCCCUCCACCAGCAUAUGAAGAUACACACAGGUGAGCGUCCGUACCACUGUACAGAUUGUGAUAAGCAGUUCACCCAGCUGAAUGCCCUCCAGAGGCACCAGAGGAUUCAUACAGGGGAGAAGCCCUACAUGUGUGGCCUCUGCAACCGUACCUUCACGGACAAGUCCACUGUACGCAGACACACCAUGACUCACGACCAAAACACUCCGUGGAAGAACUACCUGGUGGUCCUCAAGGACAACAUGGAGAAAAAGACGAAGAAACCCAGAAGCCUUGGUAGAAAGGUUAAAAUAGAGACGGUGGUUCGGGAGGUGGAAGGGGAUAGUGGAGCUGGAGGUAGGCUCCAGGAGGGGACCAUAUUGGUUCCUGGUGAGCCCAUCACCCUCUCAGCCAGCUGGGGCGACCCAGGGACCAUCGCCCUGGUUAGCCACACCACCCUGGGUGGGUUCACGGUCAUCCAGACAGAGAUGCCGGCUGGGACCCAGCUACCCAUCGUCACCACAGAUGGCACCGGGGCCAGUGUCAUCUCUCUGGAUGGAUCCACUGUCUCUGUCCCCUUUACUAUCCCUGUCUCUAUGUCCUCCAUCUCUGUGUCCUCGUCCUCCUCUGGUGUCCUCCCUGUCCAGACUGUGUCUGUCUCUGUCCCAGUCACUGUUUCAGGGGCCAUAUUUGCCCCAGUUUCAGAGACCAGUCUUUCAACUUCGUGUGUUCUGGAAACUGCGGUGUCGCAGACCAUCUUGGCUCCAGAUUUGGAAGCUGGGCCUGGUUCAGAUAUGACGACCAUUGCGGAUCCUGAGGAGGCAGUUUCAGAGUGUGCCCCGAUCUCUGAGGAGUGUGUUACAGUGCAGACAUCAGAACUGGAGACUGAGACACAGAGCACUGCUGUCUCUAAUGAGGAACAACACAGUGUACCAGAGGACAUUGGUACUGUGGAAGACCUGGAGGUGUCCACCGAAGAUACUGUGGUGUAGGUUGGCAUAUAUUUCAAUGUACACUCCCUUCCAUAUGUAUUAGGGCAUUGAAGAUAAUUCCUUUAAUUUGUCUCUAUACUCCAGCAUUUUGGAUUUUGAGGUCAAAUGUUUCAUGCGAGGCGACGACAGAACACUACCUUUUUUCUGUUUACUAAAUGAAAGCACUGUAUCGAAAUCAAAUCAAAUGUAUUUGUCACAUACCCAUUUUACAGCUGGUAAUCAAGGUGCAGUGAAAUGUUUACGCUAGUUCCCUCAAUGCGGUACAUUAAUCAGCAAUAACAGUGAAGAGUCAAGUAGAAAAUAACAAGUCGUAGAAGAGGUAAUAUGCAUAGUAAUAAUGGACUGUAUUUACACUAUGUACAAAUAUAAAGUGGGUUGUGGAUUCAAUAGUACUAGAAGAGCAGCAUUGAGUGUGUGUUUAUUGGUGUUUGUGUGCUUAUGGGUGUUUGUGUGUAAGGGUUGAAUAUGUGUGUAGUCGGUGCAAAUCAUUUCUAAGGUGCCUAAUGCAAAUAGUCUCUACGGUGCAGAUCUGUGCAGGGGGUCCGCUAGGUUUAGAUUUUUAGCAGUGUGAUGGCCUGGUGGUAGAAGCUGUCUCUGAGCCUGUUCGUCCGAGACCCAAUACUCAGAAGAGACGCUACUGCUAAACCACGGCCGGGGUUGUGAUUGAAUCAUGUCCGGUUCUCUGUGAUGUGCACUUCGAGGAACUUGAAGCUUUUUACCCUUCUCCACUGCAGCCCGGUCGAUGACAAUAGUGGCGUGCUCCUCCCCUUGUUUCCUGUAGUCCAUAAUCAGCUCCUUGGUUUUGCUGACAUUAUCGGGAGAGGCUGUUUCCCUGGCACCGCUGACUCUAGUCCCCCCCCCCCAUUUGAAGAAGUCAUACGUAUUUGGACACAUUCACUUACAGUGUAUUAAAGUCGUCAAAAGUGUAGUAUUUGGUCCCAUUCAAUGACUACGUUAAGCUUGUGACUACAAACUCAUUGGAUGCAUUUGCAGUUUGUUUUGAGUUAUGUUUUGACCAAUGAACUGAAUGGUGAAUGGUGUAUUGUCAUUUUUGAGUAACUUUUAUUGUAAAUAAGGAUGUUUUUUAACAUUUCUACAUUAAUGUGGAUGCUACCAUGAUUAUGGAUAAUCCAUGAAUGAAUCGUGAAUAAUGAUGAGUGAGAAAGUUAGAGGCACAGAGAUCAUACACCCCCCCCCAAAAAGAAAAUGCUGAACUCCCAUGUUAAUGAUCAGGUUAGCAAGUUCUGUAACCUUCUCACUUGUCAUUAUUCAUUCAUGAUUUUUCUUAAUCAUGGCAUUAUCAGGAUUCAUUCGGAAGUGUUCUGAAACAUCUUAUCUACUCACUGAGAAAUACAAUUACUCCAUUCACCAUUCAGUUCCUAUCGGGCAAAACUUAACACAGAAUAUUAAAAUACCCUCAAAUAAAAGGUGACAUUCUGUACUGUUGCCUCAUAUGAGACAUUUGAUCUCAAAUCCAAAUAUGCUGGAGUAUAGAGCCAAAUUAAAAUGUGUAGCUUCACUGUCCAAAUACAUAUGGAAGGGACUAUUUAUUGUCUAUUUAUUGGGUCUGAAUUCAUAUUUUAUGUCUGUCCUCUACUCUGUUGACGAAAAGUUAUGGGGUUGUCUCUUUGAAACUAAGGCUGGGAUUGAAUCCGGUUGUGGGUUAUAGGUAUUGCGGCUUUUAACCUCUAAAAUAUUGAGCUGUUCUGGACAGGUUCCAACUGACAUUUUGGUGUACAAAGCCAUAUGUGAACGUCGUAGGGUCCAGUGCCCGAAAGCUCCAUCUGUCUACACUCCGCUACCACUCUCUCAGCAGAACGGAACGGAAGUGUCAGGUUUCAGACCGCACAUUUGCAUAGGGAGUAACGUGUCACACUUUCUGGCCUAUCCAGACAAAUAAUCGAUUUACCCUCCCUCUGGGAGACAGCAUAGUGCACAGGUGUCAAACUCAUUCCACAGAGGGCCGAGUGGCUGUGGGCUUCGCUCCUCCCUUGUACUUGAUUGAUGAAUGAAGGGCCCUAAUUAGUAAGGAACUCCCCACACCUUAAUAGCUUAAUUGAAAGGAAAAAACUCAAACCUGCUGACACUAGGCCCUCCAUGGUAAGAGUUUGACAACCCUGGUCUAGUGCAAGGGUGUUCAACUCUUAAAGGCUCUGCAUGGUCAAUCCGAUGUCUGCGGUGGACGUACAGCAUUUACUGCGACACGGCCUCCGCAGAGGUCAGCACGUUCCUACUUCUUCGCGGAGCAGAGCUGUUGUCAAGGAAGUGAGUUUUCUGUUUAUACAGGACCUACCGUCAACUAUUCAUGUCAAUGCGGAUCUAUACAGAGCUAUAAGGAGCCCUCCACAUUGUUAUAACAUUUGAGGCACACGGCCGAUGCAGUAUGGAGUUUGAUUUGCAAUUGCGUCACAUCCUUCCUUACUGAGCCUCCGGCCCACAUUUAGGAGCCUGCUGGUUUUCUGUUCUACCUGAUAAUGAAUUGCAUACACCCGGUGUCCUAGGUCUAAAUCAGUCCCUGAUUAGAGGGGGAAUAAUGAAAGAAAACAGUGGAACUGGCUUUGAGGUCCAGAGUUGAGUUUGAGGGGUCUAGCGAGUCCAACAGUCGUGAUUUCAUCUCGACGUGAUAUCUUCAACUGGAUUUAGAGCUUUCAACAUAAAAAAAAAAAUACUGAGUAAUUUCAUAGAAUUGAAAGGAAAGCUUUCUCUUGGUCACAGACGGACACAUUCAGUGAGUGAAGUUGUAAUGAGUCUGCACACUUUUGAAUGGUGUCUCUGUACCUCUUAGUGGGCUUUUAGGAGAAAAGUCUGUCGUCAGUUUUAUGAAAAGGUACCGAUAUUGUACUGCCAUUAACCCCUUGAAUAAAUUUCCGUUGCCCCGUGGAAAUCAAAUUAGCAUAAAUACAUCUCCAUAAAAAUCUAUCUGUUUAAUAAGCUAGAGAUGUCUGCAUGGGCUGCGUCUCAAUCCACCGCAUCCGCCGAUAUAGGCCUUCUGCUUUGAAAGGUGGCCGAGCUACAGCAGUGUUUGUCAGACCAUGCGGCAUCCCCUAAAAUCGGUCUUCUCACAUCUGAACAGAUUGGGCUACACACUAACAUGACCCCUCUAUGGAAAGGUGAGUCUCUCACGAACACUUACAUUUCGGUUGUUUUGCUCUAGGAUGCUCACAAGCCUCGUCUGAAGGUAGCCCAGUACCCGUUAAAAACAUUAUUGGAAGUACAGUGCUUUUGGAAAGUAUUCAGACCCUUUCCCAAUUUCUACAUUUUGUUACAUUACAGCCUUAUUCUAAAAUGUA